AAAGAGUUCAAAUGAAGAACUCGAGUUUUUAGUGCCAAGAAAAGAUGGUAUGAGUGUGGCACAAAAGUACAAAUUCAUCAUCUCCCAAAUUCUGAACUUAAACCAGACUAAUUUAGAGGGAGGAGGAGAAAACAAGGACCACAAAAGCAUCAUAAGAGGCUGCACUGAAGCAGAGUUAAUUUAUACUGCCUUUAAAAUCCAGCAGCAAUAUCAGAAUAAUCCCGAAGGGUACAACAAAAGCAAAUGUCUGGCAGACACCGCCCUGCCGGUUUUCUCUUCCUAUGAAGGGCAGGAAAAUAAACAGGAUGUGGUUUUAGAGAAAACAGCAUCUCUUCAAUUUGAGGACACGGCACCUUGGUUGGAGCGACUUAUAACGAGGCUACAAAGUAGAGCUAAACUUUUGUGGCACUUUAGUCAGGAGUGCACUUGUACGGUGGACAACAGUGAAACAGCCCCUGUAGUGGACCUGAACUGGAUGCAGGAGCAAGCAAAGCUGCUUUAUUUGACAGAGAGGCUGCACUUAGAUUUUGAGCAGGAACACUGGCAACGUGUAGUGUUGCAGGACAAACUGCAGGCUUUGUGCAAACAGCAGGUUGCCUCAUUAACGGAAGAGCGGGAGGCUUUUAAGCACGCCUUAUGUGAACUCCAGGAGGACAACAGAGCGUUGAGAGAGGAACUGGAGCAUGCUGAGGACAAGAUAAUAUCCAUGGAGACCGGAAACCAGAGACUCCGGGAAAACAAACAGAGAAUUGAGGAUUACCAUAAGGAACGCACGCAAAAACUGGAAGCAGAGUUCCAAAUUAAGAUAAAGCAACUGAGGCGGAUCCAGGAAGAGGAGAUGGAACAUGUGCAAGAACACCACAUGAGAUAUUUGGUUUCAAAAGGAAAACACACUGCAAACUGCAAAGACACGCCUCCAUUGCAUAAAGGCAACUCACCACCGACAGAGCAGCAGGAAGCGUGCCAGGAGGACUUUGAAAAUCUUCAGGAUCAAAGAUACACCCGGAGCAAGAUGAAGGAUUUUUAUGAAAACAAUCAUGCUGAUUCCUACCAGGACGUCAAGCCACUAAGUGAAGAUGUUCGCUUUGCCAAUGUGUCUUCCAGUCGACUUGGAACUGGACAAAAGCCUGAUGCCACUAACGCUACGUUAGUGAAGAAAACUGACAAACCUUCUCUCCUGCGUCGGCUUAGAGCAGUAAGGUCAAAGAGUUUGAAAGAGGGCCUAUCUGGACAAGAAAGGAUGAAGCUUUUUGAUUCAUUUUGAUCAUCCAGGGAUGAUUACGACUCAAAAAAAAAAAAAGUGUUGCACACGCAUCCCAAAGAGUGCAGAGAUGACAUGUUUUCCUUUCUUUCUGAAUAUGCAGUCUCUGUGUUUUCCGGCACUGAAAAAAAAUAAAACUGUGAUGAACAUAUUUUGCCACUAGAUGUAGCAUGAUGCAAAAUUUUGUGACCUACAGUAACUGGAAGCCAACUUGUAAUACAGAAUUGAGACCACAGCAGGUCACUAUCACCCAUUUACAUAAAUUUGAUGUACUGUAAUGUACUGUACUGCAAUUGGCCGCAGAUAACCCUGAACUGCAGUGGAUGCAACGCCAAUACUUUUAACGUGCCACUCAUUGCUAAUAUAACGAUUUUCAUGAAAAUCUAAUUCAAUUUGUAGGCAUUAUUAAAAACACUAAA